UCGGUUUCCGGAAAUAACUAUCCAAUCAGACUCGGCAAAGAGCAUCCGAAGUUCAGCAUCCGGUUAGUCUAGAGAAAACGAGAUCUUCCGCUGUCUUCCCUGGUCUUCUUCCCUUAUUCGUUUCGGGUAUCGGCUGUCGCUACUGUUACCGCUAGCGAAGUCAAGCGCGACUUGAUAUAGUAACGUUCAGCGCGAUGCCGCCAAGAGCGAAGAAAAGAAGGAAGGUAUACAUGGGGCCGGAUCUGGCUUAUGUGAUACCUAAGCAAACAAAAUCGAACCGAGCGGCGAGGGCCAAGCGUGCAGCAGAGCUCAUCAACCUUUCACAAACGUCAGGGGACGGAGAUAAUUCGAGCCGGUGCUACGAUCUCGACGACUCUGACCAGAGCUCUGACUCCAACGAGGAUGAAAUCUCUAACCAGAGCUCUGACUCCAACGAGGAUGAAAUCACGUCGGGCGUCACCAGCGAUGAGCAAGCCACUUCUGAUGGCGACAAUGAAUCCGACGACACGAGCGAACAUGAAGAGCUUUUUCACGACUCAUGCACCAGCGAAGAUGGGCUGGCAUCAGGUGACACGAGUGGAAGCAGCGAAACUGGCGAAACGGCGUCGAGUGGCGGUGGCGAAUCUGAGCAAGGGGAUCCCGACUUGACUACCAGCGGCGAAGAUGAGUCAGACUUCAAAAUUUUUGAAGAGCUGUGCAGUGGGCCCCCUAUUCCUGGCCAAGACUCGACCCGAGGGCACGUUCUGUUGCUGAUUUUGGCCUACGUUGUGUCCGCCGGCCUCUCAUGGACGCAGACUGAGGGCCUGUUGAGGCUCGUAAACACUCUGUUCGGCGUUUUCGUGGCUCCAAAGUCAAAGUUUCUAUUCCGGAAGGUGUGGAAGCAGAGUCAGCAAGCCAUGGUGGAUUUUCAUUUUUUUUGCGACAGGUGCUCAAAACCGCUCAUGGUUUGCAAGACGCCCCUACAAGACAAGAAGGCGAGGUGCUCACAGUGUAAGACUUUGUAUGGAGCAGAAGAAAUGGUAUCAAACGGCACAUUUUUUAUCAUUUUCAACUUGCGCAAACAAUGUCAUGACCUGGUUAAGAACUGCAGGAAGGCUCUGUGGGACAACCUCGAAAAGAUCGCCCAGAGAUCACGGGACAUUUUCACUGACCUGGCUGACGGAGACCUUGUGAACCAAGCACGACAACAGUUUGGCUGCGCAAUGGAAGAUCUCACUGCUAGUUUCAGUACUGACGGAUCUCCAGUAUUCAAGACCAGCAAAAAUUCCAUGUGGCCCAUUCAUGUAAUGCUCAAUGAAUUGCCCCCCAUCCUCCGGUGGAAAAACCUCUUGCUUGGUGGAAUCUGGUUUGGCAAGAAAAAGCCAGUCAUGUCACUCUUUCUUGACGGGUUUGUGGAACAAUUUCGCAGAAUCGGCGCAAUCAAAUGGGUUUGCCACAAGAACGGACGGGCUCUUGAAUCCAAAGUCUAUGCGGUGUGUUGCAUCGCGGAUGCUCCUGCCAGAGCAGCAGUGCUAAACCGCAAGCAAUUCAAUGGCUACUACGGCUGUCCGUGGUGCUACCACAAAGGAACUCUGGUUGAUGGCACUCUGAAGUACCCCUACAGUUCCAGUGUGACGGAAAGGACGCACAGAGGUGUGCUGCAGGACGUGAAAGCGGCUGUGAUGACAGGCACCACGAAGCACGGCAUGUACGGACCGAGCCCCAUUGCAAGACUUCAAGGUUUUGAUUUGGUUUGGGGCAUAGUGCCCGAUUACAUGCAUUGUGUACUUGAAGGUGUUGCGAAACAACUGACAGAGUUGUGGUUUACAAGCACAGGCGCACCUUUUUACAUCGGAAACCAGAUGGCUGCUGUAGACCGUAGACUGGCAAUGAUCCGUCCCCCAAAUCUUUUCGCUAGGGCCACACGAUCGGUUAGAGAAAGAGCUCUAUGGAAGGCCAAAGAGUGGAGGUACUGGAUGGUGUACUAUGCUAUGCCUUGCCUUCAUAGCAUACUGCCACACCACUACCUUGCACACUUCACACAUUUGUGUCAGGCAGUGUUUCUGCUGUUACAGAAAAGCGUCCACAGGGAUGACAUCCAAGCUGCUGAAGGGCUUUUGGCACGUUUUCUCCAACAAGUGUCUGCCCUUUAUGGUCAAGGUGCAGAAACCUCUAACAUGCAUCUACUUAUGCAUUUGCCCAAAAGUGUUAUGCAGCUUGGCCCUCUGUGGGCUUUAUCCAUGUUCCCAUUCGAAAGUGCAAAUGGGGCACUUCUGCGCCUUGUAACCGCUGCUAAAGGCGUUCCUCUUCAGGUUGCUGAGAGGUGGGCUAUGAAGCACGCACUGGCACGAUUUGGUGAAAUGACCAAUCUCCCAGCUAACUUUGACCAACUCUUUCGCAUGUUUCUCAACAUUCAGAAUGAUUCCGAGGACGGUGUCCUGGGUGUUCCGCAGGAAGUGUCGUUAACAGCUGCUGUGCAUAGCCUUCUUGAAUGCCAUUUUGGCCAGGUACCUACUCUUGAAAGACAUCUAAGAACAAGAGUAGUGGGGUUCGAAAUCCACAGUCGUGAGUACACGCGCCCUAAGAAGACAUGCACACAAUUUGUAAAAAUGCGAGAUGGUACGUAUUGUGAAAUUCAGGCCAUCUACAAGACUGUAAGGACUGGUGAAAUUUUUUUAGUCUGUAAGAGCCUGAUUCUUGAAGAUUUUGGAACUGGUAGCGUGAAGUACCUACAUAAGUGUAUUGUGCCCCCUAAUGAGGAGAAUUUAGUUCUCUUCUCCUCUGACCAGAUUGAGUGCAUCUGUGUUUUCAUUGAACUUGAAGAUGAAUCUUAUUUGUGCGACAUGCCCAACUUUUAUGAGAAAAAAUAAUUUUGGGGGAAAGGGGGAAGGGCUUGGAAUUCAUUUGUGCUUGCUACUGUAAAGGCUGGAAGCCUCGGAGGGACAGCCGGCAUUUCACUGAGACUUGGCUUCAUCACAAGCCGUGCCCGUGCCACACGGGCAACUCUAACGCCAUUUACAACGAAUGACAUUUGAGCGGACGGCCAAUCAGCGCGCGACACUCCGGGCAUGGCACAUUCCACGCGCGACAGAUUGCGAGCUGAUUCGCCGAUCACACAAAUGUCAUUCGUUGUGAAUGGCAUUCGAGUUGCCCGUGUGGCACGGGUAUAAGCCUGUCGGUGAAAUGGGGGCCAGUCUAAAGCUUUCAGGUGGUUGCUUUCUGAAUUCUUGCUACUGGCUUUGACCAUGCUCAUGCUCUGUGUGAACUCCAUGCUGCACUUUAAUAAGUGAGCAGCGUUCAGUGUUUCUGCUAGCAUUGUACCAGCGAGCUCUUAUAUUGCUACGGUUCUUGAGUUUCCUUGAAGUUUUUCAGUGAAUGUGUCGGUGCAUUUCAUGUACCUUGAUUUUGUUAAACUUGUCAAAUAAAACUGACUGACAUAUGCACACACAUUGAUUCAGA